GGUGUUCAAAGUUUCAAUAAAACAGAAGCAACAAAAUUGAAACUUUGCCUUAUCUGGAAGCUGGUCCCUGCUUAGCUCUUCUGUAGGUGUGCACCACGCACGUAUCUAGCUUUUGGCCGACAGGGUAACUUACUUUUACUCUGGCGUGGGAAGGCGGAUAUUGGAAAUCUGGCUGCUCCAUCAUGCUGAGAAAACUGACUUGAAAUUGACUGGGUUGAUUUCAAUUUUUAAUUUAUUUGUCAUUCCGUGGGCCAGUUGCUUCCACCCCGAUCGCGAUGGCGGCGAAAGUGGAUAUGAAAGUAGUUCUCCUAGGGAAGGAGUUUGGUGGAAAAACCAGUCUUGUGGAGCGAUUCCUUCACGAGCGCUUCGCUGGCGGUGCGCCGUACCAAAAUACGAUCGGUGCUGCGUUCGGUGCCAAGAAGGUGACUGUCAAUGGUGAAACUAUCACGCUUGGCAUUUGGGACACGGCUGGGUCGGAGCGCUAUGAAGCCAUGAGUCGCAUCUAUUACCGCGGUGCCAAGGCAGCUGUAUUAUGCAUCGAUCUGACAGAUGAGACUAGCUUCAAGCGUGCACGCUUCUGGGUCAACGAGCUGAAGACCAACGAAGAGGAGUGCAAGUUAUUCAUAGCAGGCACAAAGCAGGAUGUCGUCAUACAGGACAAGAAGGCUCGCAAAGUAGACGGUGCCGACCUACAGGACUUCGCUGAUGAGUCUGGGGCUCGGUUAUUUGAGACCUCCGCCAAGACUGGCCAUAAUGUGGAGGAGCUCUUUCAAGAGGUGGCUUCUGCAUGCGUAUCCGCAAGAGGGCAGGCCACAUUUAAUCCGAAUGGGAACACCGUAGCAUUGGACUCGAGUGGGGGAAAGUCAUCUGGUUGUUGCUGAGCCGCUAAGUUGCUGUUGUUGCUUGCCUUGUUUUGAAGGUGGCUGGCUGCAACCUUUCUCAUGCGCGUGUCCUGUUCGCAUCGACUCCGUUCUGUACAUUAGCUGAUGUAAAUAUUUUGAUUGUACAUUUGUUUUCCCUUUCCUCCUCCUCCUCCUCCUCCUCCCCUGGUAUUCUCCGGCAGGACAUGCGUGUCCGCAUGCAUCUCUUUUUUUUGUUUAGGUCCUGGUAUACGUUGUUUCUCACGUUCCUACUCGCUGUAUAUAGCGUCCCUUUCCCCUGUUAUUUUUUCAUGUCUGCUGUUCUCUGUCCUUGUAAAAAAAACUAUCCCCAAUGAUUAUGGACCAUGACUUUGUCUUUGUCUUUGGAUUGAGAAAGCAGUGCAUUCGUUUAUGAUAUUUUUUUAACACUCUUCAGAUUUUAACCCUUUUAUCAACCAAUUUUUGCUGCUCUUCCUAUAUUAUCUGAUAACCUCUUUCCACGGUAUUGUGUCGAUUUUUACUUGUGCAGUAUUUUUUUAACACUGGGCCUAUUGUUUCUUAUCUACUUAUUUUGAAUAACUACCAACCCCCCCUGAUGUAUACCUUGUUUGCGAAUAUACCGACUACCAAACCAA